AUGGCUGUUGGCGAAGGUUCGACACCACCACCACCCACAGGGAAGACAAUUGAUGUGUCGUCACCAUAUUUUCUCACCUCUGGUGAUCACCCUGGAUUAAACUUCAUUGGAGAGAAUCUUCUCCAUGAUGUGGUGACAGUUUUAGGAUUGUUGGCUCAUUCAAAUAUUGUUAGUCUCUUGGGAUACUGCAAUGAUAAAGAACACAGAUACUUUCUUGUUUAUGAGUACGUGCAGAACCAGAAAUUAGGUAACUUUUUAUUCCGAGAUGUUAUGCAACAACUUUCAUGGGGAACACGGCUUAUGAUAAUGAUAGGAGUAGCAAAUGGACUCGCUUAUAUGCAUAUGUCAAAACAUCAACUCAUACAUGGUUUUCUUAAAAGUCGUAGUAUAUUAAUCGAUCAGGAUUUUAAUGCAAAACUGGGGAGUUUUGAGAUGGCAAGAUUUUGCAAUGAUAUAGGGAAUAUAGAUGGUGAAUUGAGCAUGAAGACUGACAUUUAUAGUUUUGGAGUGAUUUUGUUGGAAAUCUUAACAGGCCAACGAGCACUGGAUUCGAAACGCCCACCUUAUCAGUUUGAUUUGGUAAAAUGGAUAACUCCAUUCUUAGCAGACAGAAGCGAGCUGAAGAAAAUAAUAGAUCCACGUCUUGAACAAAACUUCCCCCUGGAACGUGCUUUUGAAUGUGCUGCACUGGCUUUAAGAUGUUUAGCUAAGGAUCCUAAGGAUAGACCUACAAGUGAAGAAGUUUUGUGGGGCUUGGAACAAAUAUAUGUUGUAAACAAAUAA